AUGCCAUUCCGCGAUGGAUCCUGGGAAGACUUCCAGCGCGACUGUGCCCUCUUCCCCGCAUACACCGAUUACAUCUUCGGCCCUGACCUGCGACCAGAAGUGACUAACGAGCCUGGUCUACACCCAAUGCUGUUCCCACCUCAGCCACACGCACCGAUUCGAUAUACGAAUAGCUUUCCGUCGAGAACUAGGACUUACAGUGGCACGCAAGGUUUCAUGCAGCCUAGAAAUGGAGCGAAGGGGCCCCAGUCUAGGUCGGGUGAAGACAUGGCAUAUAUAGGACUGGGUAGAGAAGACAGCGGUAGCAGUAUCACUGGGAUGGACCUGCGAUCGCAUAUAGGAAGCUCCAUAAGCGACCUCAUACCACCACAGUCAGUACGCCCCGUUUCCGUAGCAGAGAUGACAAGUCGGAGAAUGUUAAACGCUUCUCAACGCCGUCCGUUGGCCGUAUCGCUCGCUACGCUAGACUCUUCUAAACCAUUUCCUAGGAACUUUUUGCGGCAGGCUCAGGUAGAAAACGGACCAAACCCUUGGUCGGGCCCAGCAGGUCGCGCUCCAGAUCCGUCCCUGGUCCGCUCUUCAUCCGCAACAGAUGUAGAUGAGCAGCUCGCCCAGAUGGCAGCUCGAAGAGGUCCUAUGCUUUCUCCUUCGGCAUCACCGUCACCGUUGCUCUCUUACCCAGCUCGGCUGCCGCAACACCAGUCACACCAAGUCUCUCUCGCUGCAUCGAACCCUCUUCCGUCUGCCCACACUCAUCUCCAAGCCCAGGCUACGCAGAACUCAACUCUGCAGAUCCCACUCGUCCAGCCAGAUGAUCUCGUGAGUAAUCCUCGAUACUUCUUCGUCGCCUAUGAGAACCGCCGGAAGCUCAACGAGCAGAUCAUAGGACGUUGGGAUAUUGUCGACAGUCAGUCAAGCACCGAGUUAAGAGCGCAGGCCAUGAUGGAGAUUGAGCAUGUCAGUCAAAGUCUAUACAAUGCGACAAGGAAAUAUGAAGAGGAGGUGCGGCAAAACAUGGAGUUGAAGAGACAAGUGCGAGCUUCAGCUGAACAGCACGGCUACAUGCAACCUCCAAGCGAGAGUUUGCUACAGUCUCCGAAUUUCCAUACGGCUCCCCAGUUAGGUUCGCGACAACAAAGUCCUAUCCCGGCCCAACAGCUCUCCCCUCAUUCACCGAAAGAAAGCUUGCUUCCGCCCCAACAACCCCCGAGACAGAUCUCGCAAGAGCUACGCAUAAAGAUUGACGCUGUUUUCCCUACGCUCUGGCGAUGUCUCCAGGUCGUCAAUGCUCUGCCUCCUGGUUCUCCCCCUUUCCCCCUAGAUCUUGUUGCGGAGAAGCAGCAGGCACAUCACUGGCUUUCAAGCUUCAAGGCGAAGCUUCCACUGGAAGGUCAUCAGUACGUCGAGCAGGUAGUAAUGCGGAUGUGGAAGGCCAAAGCUGAGGGGAGAGAUGUUUUGGAAGAAAUUGGUAAGUAA